AUCAGAAGAAAACAAAUCGAAAAACACAAAACAACGGCAGUAGUAUCUAAUCUAGUUCCAACUUUCCAAGCAAAUAAGCCGCAUACCUAUGAGCCGACCCAAGAUAAAGCCCACUGAUCAAUAUGUCGUCCCUAACCAAACACUGCACCAAACCUGCCACUGAUCAGAUUCUCUCUCUCUCUAGCUUUCUCUCUCUAUAAAAACCCUAGCUUUUCCGCCAUUUUCACACUCUCUAACCCACAUUUCUUGGUUCUUGAAGUUAAACCCUAGAAACCUAUCAAGAAAAUAUUCAAGAAAGUUCUAAAAGAAGUGAAAACGUUUCGAAAAUGCCGUCUGCUGAUCAUGCUUCUUCUACUGAGACUAGAAGAGUAACCAAACCCUACCCUACCGGCCCCGGAGCUCCUCCGCCUGAGCAAGAGCACCUCCCGUGUCCGCGUUGUGAUUCUACUAAUACUAAGUUUUGUUAUUACAACAACUAUAACUUCUCUCAGCCUCGUCAUUUCUGUAAGUCUUGCCGCCGUUACUGGACUCACGGUGGUACUCUCAGGGACAUUCCGGUUGGUGGUGGGACACGCAAGAAUGCUAAACGGUCACGUACUUCCGGUCCGAUGAACUCCGCUGAUCAUCAUCAUAAUCUUCCGCUAUCCGCCACUCCGGUGCUUGUGCCUCUCAUGGGUAACCAGGGACAAUUUGGUUGUGGCGGCGGCGGCGGCGACGGGAAGGGUGGUAAUACCGGUAAUUCUAACGGUUGUGGUGGUAGUUUUACUUCGUUGUUGAAUACUCAAGGUCCUGGUUUUCUAGCCCUAGGUGGUUUUGGUCUCGGUCUUGGAAGCGGUUUUGAAGAUAUGGGCGGUUUUGGUCUUGGAAGAGGGGUUUGGCCUUUCCCCGGAGUCGGAGAUCACGGUGCUGGCGGCGGCGGCGGUCAUGGUGGUGGUGUUACCGGCAUGGGGAACGCGUGGCAGUAUGAGAAUAAUAGUAGUGAAAAUGGAUUUAUUGGUGUUAACGGUGGUGACUGCUUUUCUUGGCCUGAUCUAGCAAUUUCAACUCCUGGAAAUGGACUAAAAUGAUAUACUAAUAGUAUUAUUGUUCUUGGUUUUAAUUUGAAUAGUUGAUUAAUUGCUUGUUUAA